CAUUUAUUAUGCCCGGAGCUCCAGAACACUUCCUUCAAAUGAGCUCACAUCAGUGCACCAGGAGCCGCAGUCCUCUGAGAGAAGGGAAAGGAGAAGAGUUUUGUUGUGUUCUCUCGUCCGCCUCUCAAAAUGAGGAUCUUUUCCGAGUUUACUAGGGUUUAAGCAACCCACAUUACGGGUAUUAGCUUGUAUCCCUGAACGGAGAUUGUGGUCUCGUGGGGUUGCACUACCGCACAUUUUCUUACUGCUCCAGCUUUCUGGUUGUUUUACUGAUUUUGUCCUGCAUUAUCUCUUUGAUUUGUACUGUUCUAGUUCUCCCACAUAGAAGACAAGAAGAAAGGUGAAAAAAGAUUUCUUUUUGUAGCAUGUAUUUUGAGUUUCUGUGGCUUCAUCAGCUUGGUGGGGAGAAUGUAGUAGAUUAGGAGGAUCUUGUGGGGUUUUUGGUGUUAAGAUUCUGGGCAUUUUAACUAUUCCAAGAUAAAUGAAGUUAACUGCGUUCUAAAAACGAAGGGAGAUUUGAGUAGACUUACAUGGACUUCUUCAAAGUGAAGAGGCUGAGGCUUGGCCGGAAGUCUAAAGCAGAAGAAGAGAUGGAUCCGGAAAAGAAUGGAAUGCAAGCGAUAGAGCAGUGGAAGGAGGGGAUUACGGAGUCUUUGUCAAAAGAAGGUGAUCAAGAUGGCGUUUUGGAGGAAGAAGAUGACGAUGAUGAUGAUGUUAUCGCGAAUGAGGUGAAGAAAAGGCUUAAAGAGCUGAGAAAGAACAGUUUCAUGGUUCUUAUACCGGAGGAAUCCUGCCUGGAAGAAGAAGAAGAAGAGAUGAGUUCCAGCGAGUGGAGGGAAUCUGAAGUUGAGGUUGAGUUUCAUUGGUGUGGAUUUGAUACAUUAUACAUUAGUUAUUGUGAGAGAAUGCUCUACUUUGACAAGAUGAUUGUGCAGCACUUGAAAGAAGCAGGCUCAUGGAAUUAUUCAAAUCAAUCACCUAGAUAUGCAACCAAAAGGUUAUCUUUGGCCUUUAAGAGUCUCUCUUUCAAAAGGCAAUAUGACAUUCUUGGUGACUGUGAACAACUGCAGCCACCAGUGAAGGAUGAAACAAAUCAUUAUCUUGAAACUGCUUAUGUUUCCCAAAUCUGCUUAUCAUGGGAGAUACUGCACUGUCAAUAUAUUCAACUGAGCCAGCAGGUGUCAUCUCAGCUUGAGAAUCCAUCCUCCUCAUAUGGUCAUUCUGCUCAAGAAUUACAGCAAUUUCAGGUUCUUCUGCUGAGAUUUAUCGAAAGUGAGCCAUUUGAGCAGGGUUCGAGGGUCGAUAUUUAUGCCCGAGUUCGUAGUUCCCUGCCCAAAUUGCUUCAGGUUCCUACUCUUCAAGGUUCUGAUCACAAAGAAAUUGACAGCGAUGAUGUAGAUCCACCAGUACUUGCGCCACAGCUCUUAAAUUUGAUACAGACUUCCAUUCUAACUUUUCGUUGUUUUCUAAAGAGGGAUAAAAAUAAGACAAGUAGCUCUUUGAGUUUAUUCAAAGGUCAUAAUCAUGAUAUCAGCUCCCUUCACCAGGUCCAGACAGCUCUUGCUAAGAAACAAAUGAAAGUGAAAGAGCUUUCCAAGAAAAAAGCAUGGAAGAAAUCCUGGCCUGCAACACCAAUAGAAGUCGAUCUGCUCUUUGCGCUCAUCGACAUAGAAAUUGUUAAGAGAGUUCUGAGGAUAGCUAAUAUAAGCAAAGAGCAGCUGCUAUGGUGUGAAGAGAAGAUGAGCAAACUGGAUCUAUCUGAUAAUAAGCUGUGCAGGAAUGGCUCCCCAAUCCUCUUCCCCCUAUGAUUUGCAGAUCAUAAAGCUGAUUUAUUAUGGCUGUAAAUUGAUAUAUAACAUCCUGGCUGUAGGUGAGAUUAUAGGCUCUUGCUCGCUGAAAAUAGAGAGACUCUGGCUAUUGCAUUACUGUUGUAGGAAUUUGAAGGAAGGAUUUGAUGCUUCCUGUAUGCAGUGAUAUUUGCUUCUCAUAAAGCUUAAUAUUCUGGUUUGAGA